GGGUUCUCUAGAAAUAACGUAAAAUUGAGUGGUGGGUUGGGGAAAGUAUAAAUGUGAACAAACGUGUCCGGAAAACAAAAAAUUUCGCUGCGUUUUUGCUUCUUCGUCUGAGAAUUGCUCUCCUCCGCCGAACAAAAUGGAGUCCUGCCCUUCGAUAAAGAACAUCCUCCUCCUCGAUUCUGAAGGGAAACGUGUGGCUGUCAAGUAUUAUUCAGAGGAGGACUGGCCAACGAAUACUGCCAAAGAAUCUUUUGAGAAAGCUGUAUUUACUAAAACUCAAAAGACAAAUGCGCGGACAGAAGCUGAGAUAGCAAUGUUUGAGGGCACCAUUGUAGUUUACAAGUUUGUUCAGGACCUUCACUUUUUUGUUACUGGUGGUGAAAAUGAAAAUGAGCUCAUUUUAGCCACAGUUCUGCAGGGAUUUUUUGAUGCGGUUGGCAUUCUCCUGAGAGGCAAUGUGGACAAGAAGGAGGCACUUGAAAAUUUGGAUCUCAUUUUACUAUGCCUUGAUGAAAUUGUUGACGGGGGUAUUAUUCUUGAGACCGAUUCAAAUGUUAUAGCAAGUAAGGUUGCAAGUCACAGUAUUGAUGCUGGAGCUCCGUUGUCCGAGCAGACAAUAAGUCAAGCAUUGGCAACUGCCCGCGAACAUCUAGCGAGACAACUCCUUAAAUGAUGUGUUGAAAGAGGAAAAGCAAGGAGAGAGGACAUCAGUUUUAUAUGUUUCUGUUUCAUCAGAUGCUGCAAUAUUAUCAAGUUCGAUUACUUCUGCAGAACUUGGUUAAUUUGGACAUCGGAACAGUUGAUGUCAAAGGUUUAGUAUUCGAGAUAUAUACGUUUACAUAUUUUGAUGAAUUGAAUGCCAUAUGAACUCACAGGGAUGUUCGAGAUUCCGUUUGUAAUUAAUUUGUGUACCAUAUGCGAUGUUGUCUUGAUUGAGCU